AUGCCCACAGCCCUGCGCAACUCUCUCGCUCCGGGCGACAUGGCCUCGCAGCUUAUAAAAGCAACAGGGAGACAAGCGCACUCUACAGCAGCACGCUACAGCACUCUACAACACACUACAAUCUUGACUACAAUGAGCUUCAACGACCUCAACGGCGUCUGGCGCACCACGGACCCCGGCGCGGCGGGCGACUACAACUACGUCCUAGAGCUUUCCGCGGGGACGGACGGCGCGCUGUCGGGGUACAUGCGCGCUCCGCAGGCGCUAUUUUACCUGCGCGGCCGGAUUGAUCCGGAGCCGCGCCCGGCGGCCCGGCCCGACGGCGGCAUCGCGUUCGGGUGGACCGUCUCGCGCCGGGCCGAGCAGGUCGUCGCGGAGUCCACGACGGGGUUCGCCGCGCAGUAUUUCCCUGAGGCAGACCGCAUCGUCGCGCAGUGGAUUAUCGCGGAGAGCACCACGCCCGCGGAGACGUGGAACAGCGCCAACGUCGGCAGCGUCGUGUACACCCGGUCCCGCGGGGGUCAACUCGAGGAGCCGAUUGGCAGUCCGGAGCCGGAGGCACAAGCAGCGGCCGCAUAUGACUACACGCGGCUGACGGGCACAUGGUACAACGAGCUCGGGUCCUGCGUCGAGCUCGCCGCGGACCGCCUGUUCGGCCUCUCGGGCAAAUACAACUCGAGCGUGGGCGAGGCGGCCUCGGAGUACUUCCUCGGCGGGACGUUCGACCGCGCGCUGGCCGCCGGCGCCGACGGGGGCAGCGGCAAGGGCGUGACGCUCGGGUGGAGCGUCGGGUGGAACAACGCGGCGAACGGGGACAGCCACUCCGCGAGCACGUGGGCGGGGCAGGUGUUCUUCGGCGGGGACCCGGCGGGGGACGUCAUCACGACGCAGUGGCUCCUCACCGUGAGCACCGCUUCCACGCGCGUCUGGGCGUCCACCAAUGCGGGCGCGGACGUCUUCCGCCGGACGCAGCCGGAUGCGGCAACCGUGGCCCGGGUCAAGGCGGCCGGCUUCGGCGCGGCGCAUCCGAGCGUCAGCGAGAUCGUCGCGAGAGGCGAGAAGUAUGCCAAGUAG